GGCAUUUCGGUUGGUUGGGGCGAUCCGCCCAAUGCGGUGAUAUGAGGGGUAAGAGCCCUGCUGGUCCCCCCUUAAAGGCCUUGAUCACUGUUUUGGCGUCCCCGAUGCAGCCCCCCGGCUCCCCCGUGCGGCCGGGCUCUCUCCGACGCCCCUCUCUCCCGCAGGCCCUCCCGCCUCCUCCGAUCUCCAGCGCGCGCUCGUCGCUCCCGACCGUCUCUCCGAGAAGGGGGGGUGGGAGGGACUUGCGCCUCCCGUCCCGCAGCGCCGGUCCCUCUCCCCGCCCGCCCGCCCGCGUCACCUUCCACCCCGCAAAGCGGAGCUCCGCGUCUGGGCCCCGCGGGGCCCCACCGCCGCCACCAGCCCACCGGCCGGCGGCCCCGAGGACCCCGCGCCCCUGCCCGCGGCCUGGGGGCGGGACUUCCGGUCCCGCGCGCGAACGCCUUCCGGCGCCAGGCGGAAGCCGGCUCCGGGUCCGCGUUGGGGCCGGAGCGUUCCGGGCGCCGGUCUCCUCAGUGGACGCGUCUUGGCCACGCCGCCGCCGCCGCGCGACGGGGAGACCGGUUUCUGGUGACCAUGAGGAGCUGGCUGGGACCCUGCUCACUCCAGAGUCUGCAGACGGGAUCUUGGGAGAACUGGCCAAAGUCCAUGAAAGGCUGGAAUUCUUGCCGCGGCCAGCUGUCUCACAUCUUCAUGUAGUGCCUGGUCUACGCCAGAGAGAAAACGGGCCGAGAAGCUGGAGCAUGGCCGUGAGCAGCGGGAACCGCGAUGUUGUGCUCCUGAGCAGUGGCGGCCCCGGUGCCCUCACGACCUGCAACGGGGACCUCGCCGCCCACCAGCUCUCCGCAGAAGCGCCCGGAACAAAAGUGUGCGUGAACGGAUGCCCACGGGUCAACGGCUCGGCGAAGUCAUCCCGUCUGGCCGCCGACGUCCCGCAGCGAGUGCCUGCCAUGUGCCGCUGCCCCGUGCACCCGCCCUGCCCCCCGCCGGCCACCCCAGAGCCCCAGCCUGACCCCGGCCUGGGCCCCUGCUGCCCACGGCCGCACUCUGACUUCCCGGCACCCCCCUGUCCACACCGCACACCCGCCUACCAGCCUGCCUGCCAUCUGCAGCCGGCCUGCUUCUGCCCGCACCGCCCGUGGCCCGGCCACUUCCCACACCAGCCCGGGCCACAGCACACGGCCAGUGUCAGACCAUGCAGACCUUUCAAGUUACCAAAAAGUUAUGCGUCCCUGAUCGCCGACUGGCCCGUCGUGGUCCUGGGCAUGUGUACCGCGUUCAUCGUCGUCUGUGCCCUGGUCGGGGUUUUAGUGCCCGAGCUGCCCGACUUCUCCGACCCACUGCUGGGCUUUGAACCAAGAGGGACUACGAUAGGCCAGAGACUGGUCACGUGGAAUAACAUGGUGAAAAACACGGGAUACAAAGCGACAUUAGCAAACUACCCUUUUAAGUAUGCAGAUGAACAAGCCAAGAGCCACCGGGACGACAGGUGGUCCGAUGAUCACUAUGAACGAGAGAAAAGAGAGGUCGACUGGGACUUCCACAGGGACAGCUUUUUCUGCGACGUUCCGAGCGACCGGUACUCCAGAGUGGUGUUUACAGCAGCUGGAGGGGAGACCCUGUGGAGUUUACCUGCGAUUAAAUCCAUGUGCAAUAUAGACAAUGCAAGGAUCAGAGCCCACCCGCACUUCGGGGACCUGUGCCAGAGGACCACGGCCGCGUCCUGCUGCCCCAGCUGGACGCUGGGGAACUACGUCGCCAUCCUCAACAACCGGUCGUCCUGCCAGAAGAUCGUCGAGCGAGACGUCGCUCACACCCUGAAGCUGCUGCGGGCCUGCGCCAGGCACUACCACAACGGCUCGCUUGGGCCCGACUGCUGGGACGCGGCGGCCAGGAGGAAGGGCCAGCUCAAGUGCACGGGCGUGCCGCGCAAGUGCACCAAGUACAACGCCGUGUACCAGAUCCUGCACUACCUGGUGGACAAAGACUUCGUGGCCCCAAAGGCCGCCGACCCCACCGCGCCCGCGCUGAGGUACAGCAUGCUCUUCUCCCCCACGGAGAAAGGGGAGAGCAUGAUGGACAUCUACCUGGACAACUUCGUGGCCUGGAACGGCUCCGACGGCGUCACCAGCGUGGCCGGCAUCGAGUUCGGCCUCAAGCACAGCCUGUUCCAGGACCACCUCCUGACAGACACGGCGUACCCGGCCAUCGCCGUCCUGCUGGUGCUGCUGGUCAUGUGCGCCUACACGCGGUCCCUGUUCAUCACCCUCAUGACCGUGUUUGCCGUCAUCAGCUCCCUGAUCGUCUCCUACUUCCUCUACCGCGUGGUGUUCAGCUUCGAGUUCUUCCCGUUCAUGAACCUCACCGCACUCGUCAUCUUGGUCGGCAUCGGCGCAGACGACGCGUUCGUCCUGUGUGACGUCUGGAGCCACGCCAAGGGCGACAAGCCCCACGCGGGGACGGCAGAGACGGUGGGCGUCACCCUGCAGCACGCAGCGCUGUCCAUGUUCGUCACCAGCUUCACCACGGCCGCCGCCUUCUACGCCAACUACGUGAGCAACAUCACCGCCAUCCGGUGCUUCGGCGUGUACGCGGGCACGGCGGUCCUGGUGAACUACGUGCUGAUGGUCACGUGGCUUCCGGCCGUCGUCGUCCUGCACGAGCGGUACCUCCUCAACCUGUUCAGCGGCUUCCGAAAGCCGCAGCAGCAGUACGUCAGCAAGAGCUGCUGGGCGGCGGCUCGCCGGAAGUGCCACCGGCUGCUGUUCGCCGUCUCCGAAGCCUCGCGAGUUUUCUUCGAGAAGGUGUUGCCGUGCGUGGUCAUCAAGUUUCGCUACGUCUGGCUGUUCUGGUUCCUGGCCCUGACCGUGGGCGGGGCCUACGUCGUGUGCGUGAACCCCAAGAUGAAGCUCCCCUCCCUGGAGCUGAACGAGUUCCAGCUCUUCAGGGCCUCGCACCCCUUCGAGCGCUACGACGCCGAGUACAAAAAGCUCUUCAUGUUUGAGCGCGUGCACCGCGGGGAGGAGCUGCACAUGCCCAUCACGGUGGUCUGGGGCGUGUCCCCGGAGGACAACGGCGACCCCCUGAACCCCAAGAGCAAAGGGAAGCUGGCCCUGGAUGGCAGCUUUAACAUCGCGAGCCCUGCCUCCCAGGUCUGGAUCUUGCACUUCUGUCAAAAGCUGAGAAACCAGACUUUCUUUCACCAGACGGAUGAGCAGGAUUUCACGAGCUGCUUCAUCGAGACGUUCAAGCAGUGGAUGGAAAACCAGGACUGUGACGAGCCGGCCCUGUACCUCUGCUGCAGGCGCUGGAGUUUCCCCUACAAGCAGGAGAUUUUUGAGCUGUGCAUCAAGAGGGCCAUCAUGGAGCUGGAACGGAGCACGGGGUACCACCUGGAUAGCAAGACGCCGGGGCCGAGGUUUGACAUCAACGACACCAUCAGGGCCGUCGUGCUCGAGUUCCAGAGCACCUACCUGUUCACGCUGGCUUACGAGAAGAUGCACCAGUUUUACAAGGAGGUGGACGCGUGGAUCUCCAGGGAGCUGAGCUCGGCCCCCGAGGGCCUCAGCAACGGCUGGUUUGUCAGCAACCUGGAGUUCUACGACCUGCAGGACAGCCUCUCGGACGGCACCCUCAUCGCCAUGGGGCUCUCCGUGGCCGUGGCAUUCAGCGUGAUGCUGCUCACCACCUUGAACGUCUUCAUCAGCCUCUUCGCCAUCGUCUCGAUCACGGGAACCAUAUUUGUCACCGUGGGCUCUCUCGUCCUGCUGGGCUGGGAGCUGAACGUCCUGGAGUCGGUGACCAUCUCCGUGGCGGUCGGUCUGUCUGUGGACUUCGCCGUCCACUACGGGGUCGCUUACCGCCUGGCCCCGGAUGCCGACCGGGAGGGGAAGGUGAUCUUCUCCCUGAGUCGCAUGGGCUCCGCGAUGGCCAUGGCCGCUCUGACCACCUUUGUGGCCGGGGCCAUGAUGAUGCCGUCCACGGUUCUGGCAUACACCCAGCUGGGCACCUUCAUGAUGCUCAUCAUGUGUGUCAGCUGGGCUUUCGCCACCUUCUUCUUCCAGUGCCUGUGCCGCUGCCUCGGGCCCCAGGGCGCCUGCGGUCAGAUUCCUUUACCUGGGAGACUCCAGUGUGGCGCCUUCUCCCACGCCGUGUCCACGAGCCCCGGGGACAAGGGACAAAGCAAAACACACACCGUGAAUGCGUAUCAUUUAGAUCCCAGGGCCCCCAAAUCCGAAAUGGAGCAUGAGUUUUAUGAGUUAGAGCCCCUGGCGUCCCGCAGCGGCAGCGCCUCCGAGGAGACCCACAUCUGCUCCGAGUUUACCGACGGCCCCUCGAGGAACUUCGGGAUGCCGGUGCGUGCCGCGUACAGCAGAGGCCCCGGGGGCGAUGGCGGCGGUGCCCCGUUCCCGCCCCCUCUCGAGCAGCACGCCGUGUGUCACUUCUUCUCUCUGAGUCAGACAUGCACUUGUCCAGAUGCCUACAGACACCUGAUGCCUGGCCCACAUGCCGGCCAGCAGGCGGGUGACGGCCUGUGUCCCCAGUGCGUUGCCCCCGCCGGCAGCCUUGUGCACGUGCAGAAGGGCGCACACCAGGCCCCCGAAGGCUUCAUGUGCACCAUCCCGCACGUCCAUCACUGUCCCUGCCUGCAGGGCGGAGCGAGGCCGCCGGGACCGCAGAAUCCUCUGCCCACGAGCUUUGUCCUGCACCCCGUGCAGCACAUUCAGGCCCCAGAGAAGACCCGCACUCACGGUCUCCCGAGCGUGGGGCACGUUCCCCCGACGGUGGGGCCGUCGGCCUGUGUCUGCAGAAGCCCUGGGUCCCCACGAAAAGCGCAUUGUGAUCCUGAGAACAGCCAAAGGGGGCUUGCUAGGAACAGAGACGUCGGGCACGUGGAGGGGGGUGGAGGGGCCAGGAACCAGGGCUCGGGUCCAGGGUGCCAGACGGACAAGACAGACAGGAACACAGGGCUGUGCUUGUCACAGGAUCUGGAACAGUCCGGUCAGAAUGAACCACACUUUGUGUUUAACCGUCUAAUGGGGGACGCGCAGCCCGGGUCCCGCCCAGAGGGCGACUCUGCAGACAGUGAGGCCAGUGAGCCCCCUGCGUUCACGCACUCGGAACUUUCUGGUGAAAGUUUGUUGAUAAAAACACUCUAAUAAAUAUAGUGCUAAAUUCA